AGCAAGGAGUGUGGGACUUAGUAAUUCUUAAUUAGUGAAACAAAUAAUUAAAAGUGUAAAAUUAUUAUAAGUGAAAAAGUUAAAGUGCAAGAAUCCAAAGUAAACAUUGAAGAAUCAAGUCAUCAUUUCUUCAAAAUACAACCCUGGUCAAGUGCAAUUCAGUUACUCACUGAACACAUUACAUUGCACAUCAUUGUUUAAGGAAUGCAAAAAAGUUUCUAUUGUGACAAGAGUGAAAAAUACUUGAAAAUAUUAAUGCAAAUUAAGAAUAUUGAGUAAAAUGGAGCCUGAACCUGAACCUAAACUUGACAAUGAUCAAGCUGACAAUACUGAAAAUCUACAAAAAAGAAAGCGUCGCCGCUCAGAUUUUGAUGAAGGAACCUCGGAAGAGAAUUGCCACUCCUUAACGGCAUCAGCCGCUGAAGGUGUGCAAAAUGUUACAAAUGGUAGUUCUGUAGCUAAAUAUCGUGAAGUUGACGAAAAUUUGGGUUUUACACUUUUGCAAUUUAGUGACGAAAUGUUAUACGAAAUCUUUAAAUAUUUGGAUUCAUGGACUUUAUUGGCUCUAUUAAGUACGAGUAAUCGUUUUGGACGUUUAGUUAGAGAUAGUCGUUUUUGGAAAGAAAUUGAUCUAUCCAGAGAACCGUUACCACUUGGUAUAUUAGAGGAUGUUAUGGAACGAACGCAUAUUAAUGCAACUACUCUCAAGCUUCGUGGGCCACCUCCAAGUCAGCAUAUUGAGGGUGAAAUAAAACAUUUGACAAAAACGUUAUAUCAAACGUUGACUAUACGUUGCACAAAACUAACAGUGUUAGAAUUACAAGGCGUUACGAUAGAUUUUAACCUCAUACGCAUAUUAGACUUUCCAAAAACUUUAAAGCGUUUAUAUCUAAGAGACUGUAAUGUGCGCGUACCAAGUAAUGGCAAGAGCAUGUUUGCUGGAAUUGACACCCAUUUACUGGACUUAGAGGAGCUUGGCGUGGAAUACAGUCCUUGGUUUGAUCCAUACUACAUAAUGAUUUUUUCCAAACUUCCUGCAUUGCGCUCAUUGAGCUUAAAAUGUUGUCAGCAAAUGUCUGAAUUUGUGCCUUACGGCAGCAUGGGUGCGCGUUUUGGUUUUAAAAAACUCGAAUUUUUGGAUUUGAGUUUAUCGCCGAUUAAUGACUCUGAUUUGCAAUGUUUUAAUGCUGUUACCACAUUAAAGGAAAUAGUACUUGAUUGUCCAGAAAAUUUGCGUAAUAUUGCAAAACCUUGUGAACGCCGAAAAGCGAAAAAAGCUAAUGGAGAUUCAGGGUCCACAACAACAACUUCAUCAGAUACAACAGAUGAGGAUUUAGAUGACGAGCUUCUUACUCCAAGACCUUCUACUAGCAAAUCCGGUAGAGGUAGUUCAAUAUUAAAAUACUUUGAAAAAAAUGCUGAUGAAAGUUCUUCGUCACCUUCAACGUUGCCUUCUACUUCGAGUUCAACAAUACCUAAACCACCAAUGAGUCCGUCAUCUCAAACUCGUAUUAAAUCACCAACAUCCAAACAAUUUUCAUCAGUUAUUGCUAGCUCAUCCAAAUCGAAUACUGCAAGUACAAAUACAUCAUCAGUGGAGUCACAAACCGAAUCAAAUGAAACCGAACCCCCAAUUCCUCCUCCGUUUAUAAGCUUGGGCUUAAGAAGAGUAUUACCAUGUACUGUCACAACAACGGUUACAUCAGGUCGUGUGACUUCUACUGAUGUUCAAUGUUCGUCACCAGAAUUCGAAGAGAUGACAAAUAUGACGGUAAGACCGCUAAAACGUCCUGUUUCCGAAGAUUCUUCAACACCAUCAACGGAUACCACGACUACAGAUGCAAUAUCACCUGAACCAUCAACUUCGUCACAAGCAGCAUCAUCGUCGCAAGCGGCAUCAACGUCCGAAGCAGCAUCAACAUCACAAGCAGCAUCAACGUCACAAGGAGCAUCAUCGUCUCCAUCAGGCGAUGCACGACCACAUAUGGGUCGUACAGUUGCAUCACUUACAAGAUAUUAUCGUUCACAAUUAUCAAGAACUCAAUUUUCUAGACCUCCUGCCUUCGCAAUGAAUCCGUCAAGAAUAAUGUCAUCACAUUCAUUACAUUCAGUCUUACGUCCGGCAAUGAACCGUUUUUCAAUAGAGAGGCCAGAUGAAGUCAUUUAUAUUGAGUUUCCGAAUCGUCAACCCAUUUUUUCACGAUCGACAAGCAAUAAUAACAAUAAUAAUCAAAACAAUGCUGGCAACGGUAAUAAUGGUAAUGGUAAUGGUAACGGCAAUGGUAACGGUAACGGUAACGGUAACGGAAACGGUAACGGUAACGGCAACGGUAACAAUGUCAACGGUAAUAAUGCCAAUGUUAAUAAUGCCAACGGUAAUAAUGCCAACAAUGGUAACGAUUUCGAUCAAGUAUUGAAUCAUCCAUUAUUUUGGAAUAUCUUACUUCCAUUGCCUAGACGGGAUAAUCGUGUGGGUAAUCGGGAAUUUGAAAUAGGUGUUAAUCAAGAACGUGAUGCUGCUGUUGGAAGCGGACGAACACGUUCUUCAUAUCUUUAUCGUAUGCAAAAUCAAUAUCGUUCCCAAAUAUCAGAUCGUGCGAUGACUUGUUUUGGGCGUGCGCGUAACCCCGUGGAGCAAGGUAUUAUAUGGAUAGGUGGUGCCAAUCGACCACGUGAUACUCGAUUUGAACGUUUAGUCAUACGCAAUUAUUCACUUGUAACUGAUAUUACAUUAGAGCAUUUAGUGCAGUGUUCACCAUUUUUGAUACACAUCGAUGUGAGUGGUACAAGUGUUACCAUUGCAGGCGUGCGCCGUUUCAAACAAUUGAAACCAGAUUGUGAAGUAGUUGCAACUCAUUUGCCUGAAUCAUCUGAAGACAAUGACACUGACAAGAAUGCUACUUAAGGAUUCGCAAAUCACAUGUUCCUGUUGCAUUUACAAAAACUUAAGUGCUUUUGUCGUUAAAAUAGAAGUAAUUACAAUAUGUUUAAUUAAAUUUUCGAGUUGUGUACUUUUUAUAUUGAUAAUAUGUUUAAGGCUGUUACAAUAAGAAAAUGAAAUUGUAUGUCUACAAGCAGACUUCAAGUAUAGAAAUAGAAUAGUCUGGAAAGACUUCUCUCAUUGUUUUUAACUCAUAUGUAUUUUUUAAGUUAAGUUACACUUGCAAAAUGAAAUAUUAAGUUGAUUAAUCAUUUUUAAAAUAAAAAAAAAUUAGUACAU